UGAUCGAGCGGGAGAAGACGGCCUCAUGUCAUAAGGGGCAUUGAUGGUGCCAUUAGACCAACUCCAUGUCAAUCUUCCCCCCCUGGACGCACACGCACAGGGAGGGAUACGGGCGGGCAGAUAUUGCGUCCUUCACGAGCCAGUACCGUGUCGUGCCUACCUGGGUGUUGCAGCCGGCUGCGGGCGCAGCGGACCAGCCGUGUAGGUUCUCGACGUCGAUGGGCAAAACAUUCGGGGAAGGCCUGAAUGCAUACAAAAAAAAAUGGGCAUUACUACACGUCACUCCAUCUGCUGAAUGCCAUGUGACUCCUCACGAUUCAUCGUCACUGCUGGGGGCAGCUGCAGACAGACAGACAGACAGACACGAAGAGGUGCAAUGGGCGCAUAAAACACUCAGGGACACACCACACUGCGUACCCCUGUUCGUCAGAUUCGGCAAGGCAGCACACCCCUAAAGACACCAAGAUACACAGCAACAACAAUGAGAGCUGUCGUGUGUGCAUCUUUCUGUCGACUGACCCCCCGGUCCUCGCUGUCUGGCACCUGCAGGUCGUCCUCUGUCAGCUUGUGUGUCUUGCGCAGGUGAGAGUUCACCACAUUGCGGUAGGUGUUCUGUUUGCCGCACAUACGCCCCGUUUUAGCACACCACGCCACACACGUGGCGCACAGCUUGUCGCCCUUGCUCUUGGUGACCGGCACAUAGGUUGGAGCGUCCACCAGCUGCCCUCCACGAUACAAGAACACGCCACACUGGCCGCUGUACGUCGUCGCCGCCUCGUCCAUGUACUUGGCUGGCCUGCGGAAGACUUGCAGGCGAUACAGAUUGCGGAAGGUCCGCGGGCGGCCACCUUCGUUGAUUGCGGCCGGCAGGAGAGCUAUGGCCCAUCCCGGCUGACCCAUAAUGAGCUCGGUGCUGGCGGCAGUGAGCCACACGUAGCGAUACUCUGGCGGGGCGGUCAUAUGCAGUGGGUCGGCCCGAGAGGGAGAGCGGUGGUGGUCAAGCUUGAGGGCAGCCCAGUUGUCGUGAAGGGCGCAUAGCAGUGCCGGACGGGAUAUGCGACCUCCUGCACCGAUGAUGGGUUGCGGUGGCGGGCCAGGGGCCGACCUGUUGACCGACAAACACCGAGGUGGCGCCACGUGUGCCGUCGACAUCCGUCGGGUGGUGCGGGGAUCGUGACCGUCUUCCGUCAGCUGGCGAGCCGGCUGGUCAGCCCGAUGGACAUAAUGCGGAGGACCUGACAGACAGACAGACAACACAGACAGGCACAGACAGACAUACAUACAUACACGGGGCAACGCUAAAGUGAUCUAGAUGGCUUACUUUUCAUCGUGGUGCGCCUGAUAGUCAUCGUGAUGCG